CACAAGACAACAAUAUUAUCAUUUUACUUUUGUUUUCAAGAUAUGGUUAAGUUAACGGUCGUCGGGAGAGCAUACGACGGGUUACCUGUUGCACAUUUCCCUCGUGUUAAAAACGAGGAGGACAUGAGUAUGUUGUUUUACAAACAACAAGCUGAGUUCAUACUAAAGGAGAUUUCUAGAGGAGCUCUUCUACCUUCAAAAAUGUCAAUUAACAUUGAUGAUCUAUAUUGCUUCAACUACUUGAUUGAGAAGGGGAUAUGUUAUAUCACAUUAUGCGAGUCCUCAUAUCCAAGAAAUUUAGCUUUUCAUUAUCUACAGGAUUUGCUCAAGGAGAUUGAAAAGCUUGAUACCAAUUUUCUACACACAUUGAGCAAACCAUACAGCUUCAUUAAAUUUGAUAACGUCAUUGCCAAUAUUCGACGGCGGUAUUUAGAUACUAGAACUCAAGCCAACCUCUCAAUACUAAAUACAAAUCGUCGACAAGACUUAGAUGUUAUGACUGAAGAUAUCUCAAAAAUCAUAGAGAACAAACGAAGAUCAGAAUUCAUUGAAAAGGCUUUGGCGCCUAUUCCCGUGUCUCCAAUUUGGUCUUCUCCUCGUCUAGAGGUUAUUGCAUUGAAAUGGACCCCCAUUACUCUUAUGUCAGUGGUUGCCAUGGUUGUGUUAUGGAGUAGAUUUAUAGUCAAAGAUUACUAGCUAGUUUCACUAUUUAUUCAUUUGUGCAAAUUUUAACUGUAAUUUCAUCUGUGCAUUCUGAUAAGAAAAGAUGUGAAAAAAAAAUUGAAAUAUGCAAAUUCAAUGUUCUUGGUCCGAAAUCAAAUAGCAUUGCACUCUUGACUUGA